AUGAAUGAAAAGUCCGGAGCCGGAGCGCGCCGGGCCAGAGCUGCGGCGCGGGCCGAGUGGCCAGCGGGAGGUGAGCCGGGGCCCGCUGCCCGGCCCGCGCGGCGCAGCGCCCGCACCCCGCACCCCUCCGGCGCGGCUCCGUCGGCUGGCCGGGCUGGGAGGACCUCGCGGGAGCGCGUCUCGGGGAAGCCCUGGGCUCGAUGCGAAGCAGCGGCCGCGCGCGUCGGACGCGUUAGUACUCUGGGCUCGGUCCGCCGGGAUAAGCCCCGAACCUCGACGCCAUCCGCCGACGUCUCGUGGACACUCCCUUCCAUCGUCUGUCGCGUCGGCAUCUCUGUGUCUCCGGAGUCAUUCUCUCACCCCGACCAGUCGGGACACCGCUUCUCUGCUCCCCACCGCUCAGCGGCUGGCGACCCCGGGGCAGCGGUAGCGGCGGCGGCGCUGCGUGGACCAGGCGGCGGCCAAGAGGCGGGUUUGUCCCUUGGGGCGGGGUCGGUGGCCUGCCACCUUCCCGCCCUGUCUGACAGCCACGCAGGCAUCUCUACCAGCACCACGGACAGCUCCACGUGGAGGCAGGCCAGGCAGGAAGACGGGCGCACCUCCGGGCCAGGUCAGGUAAGUGAGGCUGCAGCCUUGGUCCUGAGGCUAAGCCCUCUCUCCUCUAGCUCUCCAGGUCCAGCCUCACCUUUUCCCCAGGCUGCCACAGGCCUUCUCAGCUGCAGCGUGAGGCCUUACCCUACAGUUUUUUUCCCAGAGGAAGGGACACCCCACGACCCCCAUGCUGCCUCCAGGCUGUGGGAACUGCGGAGAGGAGGGGGUCAUUUCUGCCACCCUCCAUCUGCACCCUUCUCUGCCAUCAUUCAUUAAACAUUCUGCCCCCUCCUUCCGCUCGUUAAGCAUGAUUUGCAUAAAUUUGCAUAAUACAACUGAUUUGCAUUCCAGGAGGCUCUUGGUAGGAGCCAGAGAAAAGAGGGUGGGGGAUUGAAGAAGGGAGAAAAGGGAGAGAUUUUGUUUUCAUCAAAGUGUGUGCCUGUGAGUGUGCGUGCGUGUGCGUGUGUGUGCGUGCGUGUGCGUGCGUGUGUAUGGUUGGUGGUGGGGUGACAGGAAGAGGACAAGAAUAAAAACUCACACUACUUUCUUUCUUCCCUCUGCCCUCCCUCCCUGCUGGACUCAGAUGCCAAAGAGGGAUGCCAAGGGGCGGCUGUUCUCUUCUUUUUGUCUCGCUUCCUCCGGCCUUGGCUCCCCAGCACGGCCCCCCACCUUGCCGGGCAAGGCUCCACAGAGAAAGCAGCUGUGGGAACGGAAGGGCGACACCGCCAUCUUAGGGAGGGCCUGCGAAAUGGCCGCGGGCUCGGGCUCACUCGGACGGCGGAGCAGUGUGCGCGGCGGCUGAGGAGAAUGCCUGUUUCUCCCUUCACAGCACGGCGAGUCCUACACACGCAUGCAUCCGCAUCCACGUACGCACACGUGCACGCACACACACAUGCACGUGUGUGCACACGUGCAGAGUCUGGUGGGCGCUCUAGUCUCCCAGGCCAAGCUAGGAAAGGCGCAGACUUCGGCAGAUUGCUGCAACGCACUUCAUGAUGGCAAGUGCCCCCCCACACACACACACACCGCUCUGGUUGGGAAGAUUUGACUUGUGGCUGAAAGUGAGUUGGAGCAGGAGUUGAAGGGAUUUCCUGGAGAAGGAAGGUAGGGGCCACAUUCAGCAAUGACCACGCUGGGUAGAGACCUGGCAAUACCAGGGCCCCCCGGGCUUCACCUGAGGUUGUGCUGGAACCAUUCCUGAGCCAUCUCCUUAGCCCUGACUUUGGUUUUGAUGCUGGACUUGGAUGGGUAGCUCAGGAUCCUGAGUCUAGUUUUUCUCUGGUCUCUGCUGGGCCAUCUUAGUACUGGGAAUUUGACCGGGCUCCUCUUAGUCACAUCCCUAGGAAAGGUGGUUUUGGGUUUUAUUUUCCUUUGUGGCUCCUGGGAUGGAACCCAGGGCCUCCCCCAGCAAAACAAGUGCUCAACUGCUGAACCAUGUCUGCCCUAAUCCAGUUUCUAGGAUCUGAAAUGAGGGUGUGACUGUUGGGGAGCAGGGUGGGAUUGAGGGGAAGGCCUGAAUGCUCAGGACCAAGGCAGGGUAGGUAAAUAUCUUCCUUCCAGAUACUGACUUGGGAGGAGCCAACAAUGGCCACUGAGGAGGAACUAGGUGCUGCUGAGCACAUUUCCUCACCCUGCAUUUCUACUACCCUUGUUUCCAUGUCCUGCAGACUCAGACAUGGCAGCCCUCAUGAACACAUCCUGAUUGGUCCCUCCCACCACUUUUUCCGCAGCGUACAAGAAGCUGCAAGGUUGGGACUGCUGUGGAGUCCUCAGCCCCUGAGCCAGGAGAGCAGCAGUAGUAUUUUUUUUGUCUCAAGAGGUGAUUCCUUGUUGGACAAGCAAGAGCUUGAGGGAAAAGGAUUGGAGCAUGCCUGCUGCAGACACAAAGGCUUCACCAAGGGAGGGGUGGGCUGGCUGAGGCUGGCAUAUGGAGGAGAGCCCUGGGCACAGGGCAAGAACAUCACCCAACAUGGGCAAGCUUUCUGCCUGUCCACCUGGCACCAGCUGCUUCCUGGCACCACCCCGGCCAGGCCCCUGCUCCUCCGUUACUGUGACAAUGGGCAUCCAUCUUGUCCUCAGGGUACUAAUUCCUCUGGGAUGUCCUGGGGAAUUCCAGGAGGACCCGGGUCCUUCCUUCUGGUGCCUGCUCCAUGAAUUCACCUGGAAGAUAGUGGAUCUUUCCCAAAAUAACUUGAAGCUUUCUGCAUGCUAGGUACCUUUGUGUUAUUGCAUGAGGCUUAGAAAGCAAAUGGGGAGGGAGGUGACAAGGUUCCCUCUCGGUUUUCUGUUUUUGUGGCAGACAUGUGCCCUCCACCCAGGGGUUCCACCCACUUGCUGGGUCCUGUCUUGAGAAGUGUUUCCUGAUGUCUGUGGAGGAGCUCGGAGAGGUAAGGCAGGGACCUGCACCAGCAUUUGCUCUGUCCUUGGGCCUCUCUCUGGAGCUCUGGCUUUGGGAUGGGGAACUGACAGUGAGCUUGCUUAGAGGUUGUGGGUCUCUGAAGAUGGGAACAGAAUGUUGCCCAGCCCCACCCCAGGGAAGAGUCAGAAACCAGGAAGUGUGGAAAAGUUAGACUCUCAGGAUCUCUGGGGAGCUUGACUUCCCUACUCCCCAGGCAGCCUCCCUGCUUCUCCCACCAGAAGGUUCCAGUCAUGGCCCUGGGAGAUGCCUGGUAUGAUGGCAUCUUCCAUGGAGCACUGGCUCUGCCGAGGACAUCUCAGUGAGGAAUGGGUAGGGGAAGGAAGUUCUCCCACAGAGCAGGCCCAAAUGAUUGAUGAUGUCAUUGUUCUCCAGCCCACUUUCUCAGCCCCUCACUAUUGUCACUAGGAGAUGCUGGCACAGUCUGAGGUGGGGGCACUGUUCCAUCUGGACUCCACCUGGCCCCUGUUACCGGCACCUGGCCUUCUGUUAACUCCAGUCAGGGACUGGAAGCUUGAGUGAACAAUGGAAGAGGUCCCCGUCUCAGCGGAGCAUCGAGGACUAGCUGGCUCUCUUCAGGGCCUCUGAGUGGGUGACAGAACUGCAGGCCUUGUGGGGGGAGAGAGAGAGAGAGAGAAGAGAUGUCUCUCUGGGGAGUAUCCACCAUACUGGCCCUCCAUAGUAGGUAGAUCAAGGUUGGGGACUUGGUAAAGUCUUGUAUGUGGGGGUCAGGUGCAGGAGAUAGAGAAGGUCAGCAAGAAGUGCAGUGUGUGACCCUGACUGGACCUGGCAGGAGCUGACAGAAAGGUGACCGCCGCCCUCUUUCAGAUUCUCUAGCAUUCAUGCCUUUGGAGAAGUCAGAUGGACAUCGGGAUUCCCGACUCUGGACGGUCAGGAAUAAUUUUGAGUUCCCAGCACUGCUCCAGAUGCUUCUUCUUGAGGGUAGGGGGCAGGUACCCUCAAGAAGCAGCAUUAUCUAAACCCAAGGCGGACAUGAGCAUUAUCUAGGAUCCUAAGACCAUGACUGGCCGAGGCUGAGCCCCAUCCCUAGACUGAAUCCCCGCAGACUUUGUCCCAGGUCUUACUGGGGGUAGGGGAGGUGUCUUCCUAUUCUCAGGAGGGGGCCACCUUUCAUGCUUUGUGGGGUGAAGCGGAAGGACUGUGUCCCUCCAUUGGGAUAAACUGGGAAGGGUCACAUGAGUCGUGCCAGUUGCCCAUUGCUCGGGCUCCCAGGGCCUCCUCUCUCACCUGCCGCAGACCUGGGACUCCAGCCAGGUACCCCCUUUCCCAUGCCAGUUGGAGAACAGUGGAGAGAGGCCUAGACUUGACUUCUGUCACAUGGCCCUUGGCUGCUUUGGUCCUGCCUCCUGUUGGGAUCUUCAAGCAGAGGUCCUUCAUGGCUACUUUUUUUUUCUUCCAGACUCUGAGGAACCAACUUCCUGCUCUGCAGGCCUGGAUUCCUCCAGGAAGCCCUCCUGAAUUGAGAAACAAAGCACACUCCAGCAGGUGCACAGCGGCCCUCAGUUGCCACUUGGUGUGAAUGAGACCCUCUGAGGCAGAAGCCCAUCCCAUGUCUAAUAAAGACUUCAUGUCAAACAGCA